AGUCAGCAGAGUUGGUGCGCGGACCGCAUAUCGUUGAUUUGAUUGCUUCGCGCGUUUCUUGUUUGCGUUGCAUUCGAUUUUGUCUGGUGUGCGCGAAAAAAAAAAAUUCUAGGGGUACCAAUUCACUGUUUUUGGACUUAUCCCUUAUACUGAGACAAUUUUCGAUAGAGUAAAAUAUUCCUAUUUUCAUUGGAAAAUUUUGUGAAACUCACUAGGCAUGGUUUGUGAUUGGUAUAUCUGAUGAUGUGCUUGGCCGUGCUUGGUGACUGACGUUCUGAUCCAUAAAAAAUGGCUAUAAAAUAAGACAUACUAUGCAAAACAGUAUUAACAAGUUAUUUAUUUUUAAGCUCAUGUUGUCGUUUUUAGUUCGUUGAAUUGCCGGUAUGUGUGUGUAUGUUUUCCUGACCAAAAAAGAUGUGCGGAUAACUUACUGAAUCAUACAGAAAAGUGUUGAUAGCGGGUAAUUUAAAAUGAUCUAAAUAUGCACUGUGAAAGAGUAUGUAAGUGAGAAGUUAUUUUUUCAAUCAGUGAAAUCUCAGUUGCCGAAAAGAAAACACGGCAGAAUAUUGCAGAAAGGUGAAGUCGAUAAAAUCUGGUACAAGGAUCAACAUGAAAUUAUAUCGAUGUUGAACACGCGCUUCGUUGAAAUGAUCUCUCCCAUCGUAAGAGGCCGGCGGCGUAAAGCAAACAGCACGGCUAUCAUCAUAAGCGCGAGUGUUCUAGAGUGAGAGUGUUAAUUUUAUUGAUUGCAUUUUGCUGCUCUGACUUUUCACCGUCCGGUAAUAUUCUCCUCGAGUCAUCGGUUAUUACGUUCUCUAUUAUCGAACUAUGAUCUCUUCAUUCAGUGCGCGUUACAGUCUUCCCAUGACCAGAAAUUACGCACAACUCACCGUCAGUUUGUGAACACGCAAGUGAAUCAGGAAAAAGUGUACAGUCGUUUAUUCGAUUGUGUCUGGCGAAUGCCUCUUUGCAGACCCCGAAGUAUUGUAAAAAGUAUGUUAACAAAUAGUACUUGAAGGUCACUGAACUUACGCCUGCUAGUAACGCUCGGAGAAGGCAAGAGAUGAUGAUUUUGCUCGGCAGAAACGGCAGUUUACAACGAAUUUUACAAAUCUCAACAUAAAUUAUGAAACAUCAGCAUCUGUAGCAAAAACGAAGCAGUGAAAAUGCUGAAAAUGUGCAUAGCUUGGAUAAUUAUGAUAUAUCCACAUACACGAGGCGAACGUGUCGAGUAGAUUGAAUGUCGAUCGUGAUCACUGAAGAAGCAGUUUCGUGCGUGAAGUAUAUAUAUUUAACUGAGUUGAGCUUCAUUCCGAUGUCACGAAUUCAGUUAGUGCGUUGGAUACUUCAGUCGCAUUUUGUCAUGUCGAGUGGCAUCUGUAUAGGUAUUGAUGUACCUACAAUCGACUGAUCACUUGAGUACGUCGGAUUUUUGCCGCCCAAUGCAACGAUUGGUAGACAAAAAUUCAGAAAUAGAAGCGGGAGAUUAAGAUAUAAAGAAAACCGGCGAUACCGAACAAAGAGAUGGAAAACUCUCCCCGUAAACAACCGCGCAUGAAUACAUCCAAUAAAAAAUGUGAUGCGGAGAAGAAGAAAGAAGACGGAGUAAAAAAGUGAUAAGUUGAAAAAGAAUAAUAAAAAUCGGAAGGUGAUGAUUAUGAUUGAAUGUCAAGCAGUGCAGUGAAAUAGAAUAAUCAGACGAAGUCAAACGUGUCCGAUAAGUCAGCGAUAGGAAUAAGCUGAUCUAAUUCGUAAAACGUUGUGAUGGCGGAAUGAAUUCGAAUUUACAUAUUUUAUUGGCAGUUUGGGUGAGCUGCUGCCAAUAUUGGAAGAGGAAGUAGUGAAGUUUGUUGACAUGGCAUAGGCAGAAUGCUCACCAGACUUCGGCUUUGAGAGCAAUUCGCUGUCGUACAACAGAGAAAAUGUUUCGUUUUCUGAGUCAGUCGCAUUCGCAAAGAUGACCAACAAAUUCAACAAACAUGAUACUGCACAAAAUAUGAGUCGUAAAAUAUCCGCAGAUGUUAUGCAACAAUGGAACAGAGCAAUACCAGAAUCCGACUACAUACAACUAGGAACGUUACGCUACGGAAUACGUUUGUCAAAUCAAAACCUGCUUAAUCCCAACCUCGGCACAGAAGAAGCUCACCGUGGCACUAGCGCCAAUGUAGCCGCUCAAGCUGCUAGAGUGUCGAUCAAUUCAUGUGACAAUUCAACGACUAAUGGAAGCAGCAAUGUAAGUACUGGUGGUAAUAGCAGCAACAGCAGCAGUGCAACAAAUAAAGUUUGUUGUUGUGUCGGGAGCGGAGCGCUUGAAUUGCCUUGGAACAACAACAACUAUGCACGCACGCGCUUGCCUGUACCGAACACUUCAGCUAAGAAUAGAAAAUCGUCGCCCUCCGCAUCGGCAUCAUCAUCCGCAUCGAGGUUCACUCAUCCACAGCAGUUGCACUCCGCUCAGAAGCAAAUUAGUACUGAGCAAGCAAGCAAAGGAAAACUACAGUACAACAGCCAGCCACCAAAAUCAUUUUUUUCCAACAAUCGUAAUAAUAGUUUCAAAAAGGACAGUGCUGUAGUUGUUGGUAAACCGAACCUUUACCGUGAAACAUCGCACGCCUCCUUUCCAACCGUAUGUUGUUACAGUAAGAGAUACGGUAGUACUUUUAAUAAUAAUGCUAAAAAUAAUAACUUAGUUAAGGUGAGCAACAAGUAUUCCGACAGCAAAAAACUUAAAAUAUUGAACAACAAAAGUGAACCCAAGACCGCGCCGUCGAGUGAAGAUAAUCAAAUAUACGACAUUCGAAAGGGUACGAAUUUAGAAAAUUUUUCAAACUCGAAGCAUUUAUGGUCAGAAUUUUCAGAACAUGGCGCCGCCAAAAGUGCACAGCAUCUCGGCGAAUUUCCUACAGUGGUUCGUAGAAAGGACGUUUUCAGUAGCAGUGAAAACAGUGUGAAGAGAAGCGUUGAUGGCAAUGAUUUAAAUUUAAAUUUGAGAAACGCAUCACCGUUGAAAGAAGCAUGGCCGAAAGAUGUGAACAUAAAUAAUUUGAAGAUAGAAAAUUUAUCAAAUGAGGUAUAUUACGGACCAAAUUCAAGUGUGAGCAGUACGAGGUACAAUAACAAACGCGCUCCGAGAAAAAAUACUGUUUCAACCAGUGCAGAUGUUUGCGUGGACAAGUUGUCAUCGGUGACGCUGUCAGCUAGGUUACCACUAUCAUCACCGCCAUUACAAACUGCAGCAGAAUCUUGGUCACUUGAGGACAGUUUUGAGCACACGGCGUCUUGCGUACCAGUUUCUUCGCCAGUCGAUACUAACUGUACUCAAACCUCAACGGUUCCCCCCUCACCAACCGAUCCGUGUGAACCCGCACUGAGGGCUUCUGCGUAUGACGCGUUACGCCAUAUUUGCAACGAAUCAAACGACCACCAUUUGAGCUGCAUCGAUAGAAACAACAAAUCCGUUAAAAAUAGAACAGCAGGCGAUCGAGAGGAAUCAAAACACAUCACCGAUUUCAGGCAAAAUGUAGAAGAAGAUAUUACGUUCAAAAAUGAUAUUCCUCAGUUUGAAUAUACGGGACUUCGAAAAAGUUCACUUCCGGUAAUUAAUCAUGAGCACGCCACUCGGACACAACCGCGUCGAAAACUUUCCUCUGAUAUUAUUAGUACAACGGCUAAUGCUUGCUUAGAUGGGUCUUCAGCCGUGGUUAUUUGUCACGUUACACCAAAAUUUGGGCCGUCGGUGGACCAGUCAGACGUGGAAACUCGAUUGCAGUCAUUGAACCGAUAUUGUGCUCAAAAUUUGAAUCCAUGUUCAAAUUCAUCAGAACUGGAGGAAUUUAGUUUUAUAGACUCAUCCGAUUUUUCCUCGACAGGAGAAGAUAUUACAGUCGUGAUCAGUGAAGAAAAUAAUCGUGAAUAUCAAAAGUACCAUUCAAUACCAAAAAGAAAUAUUUCUGUGAAUGAAGUGUGGAAUAGUAUUAGUGCACCCGCUCAAAUCACCAAUUACUAUGUUGGUUGUUCAUCGGAUGAGCUUAGUAGUGUAUGUAAUGGCGGCGAGUCGAUUCCUGCGGUAGUAAUAAAUGAGUAUGUUGGUAAUUCAUGGCAAAGUACUGAUGAAGUCAACAGUGCAAAACACAUCAAAGCGAAUAAACCUUUCAAUCCAAAUUGUAAAGAAAACCAGAACCAGAAACAAAACGAACAGUUUGCCGUCUAUGAACGAGAAAUUACUUCUAGUGUCCAAAAAGAUAGUAAUAACAAUCAACAUGCUAAAGAUGGUGGCAAGGAGUUGAAGUGUGUCUUGUCUAAUAAUAGUAGCAACAGAUUCGAUGGUGAUGAAAAUAUAGUGUUUAGUGAUCGGGGAUCAUCACCAGUGGAGAGUGAUACUAUAUCGGCAGAUAGCGCACCAAGAAAUUGGAAUUUCUUCGGUAAAAACCAACUUUAUGCCAGGAUAUCUCCAGAAAAGAUAAUGGAAAAGAGAAACAACACACUGGACAGAUUACAAAAGUUGGUUAAAAAGACGACAUCAGGUUCUAAUGAGAGAUCGAACGACAAGCAUGGCACAAAAACAGAGCGGCUUAGAGAGCUAACGGAACUUCUGAAAGGGAGUAGAGCUCCGCCUAUACCACCUCCUCGUAGGGCAAAAAAUUUACAAACUAUCGAUCGCAAUCUCCAUUGUCCACACACGGCAGCAUCUACUACAAGCCUAUUGAACAUUGACACCAUACACAGUAUUGAAAAUCGAAGUAAUUUGAAGAAAACAAAAGAGUCACGAUCGAUAGAUAUUCCAUAUCAAUUUACUGAAUGCAAUCAAGCCUCGACUCCUAGUUCGCCGUUGACUGAUCAUAAAGUCAAUCUUAGGGCGAACGUAAGUACAUCUAAUCUGGAAUGCUUACAAAGUACUUCUACCAAAGAUUCGAAGGUAGAAGAAGCAAAAUCUGUGACAUCUUUCAGAGAUGAGGAUGACAUUUUUUGCAAACUCCCAAAGCCAGAAUCACGAACAAUCGUUGGGUCGUACACACAAAAAACUAUCCCGUUUAGAAGUGCGUCUUUUUCCCAAGUGGAUUACUCUUCUGGAAAAUAUAUUCGAUCGGCUCUAGGAGCCAUUAAAAACAGUCUGUUGCGAGGUAAAGACAAUUCUGUAAUGGAGAAUACACCGCUUCCAAAAGAAAAUGCAACCGAAUUCACGCGAAGUUGCAGUCCGGCACAAUUCUUCUCAACAUCGGAGUCAGAUUCUGUGAUUGAUGAUAAUGAAGUUUCUAGAACACUAGUGAAAAAAACCGAACUCAAUAUUAAUCUGUACCCACCAGAUACUUUCGAGAGAUGCGAUGGGUUGGAUGGGCGGGAAUUAUCAUCGAAUAGAAAUUCUGAUAUAGAAACCAUUGUAGAAGAUCCCGAAGCUGAACACAUCGAAACCAUUGGAUCUGAGGUUAUAGAGCAACAAAAGGCUGAAAUAAGCGUUAAUCAGGCUUCAGAGAUGGUUUUGGAAUCCCUGACAGAAGAAGGCAUUCCCAUUACACCACAAUCUUCACCCAAGGACGAAGAAUGUUUGCAACAAGCAACAACUUGCAUCAUUCCAGUACCAGUAUAUGAUUGUGUUGUAAGUGAAUGGAGCACUGCUCGUCCCUCGGAGCAAUGGAUUGACGCGGCAGCAACAGAAUGUUCUAAGUUUGUAGACAGUAUUACAAUAACUAAAGAAAACGAAGCAGUUUUGAGUGAACCUAGUGCCAGUAUUAUAAAUGAAUUAGUAGUAGAUAAACUGCCUGACUCAGUGGAGCCAUUUCAAAUGAAUAAUGCAGAUAGUGCAGAUAUAAACACACAUGAAAUGAUUAGGGGAGAUGACAUUGCCACACCUCCAAUAUCAAUAGUGUGCACAGAGCCUGACAGCUUAGUGAGUACUACCAUCAUAGAAACUCUUCCAACACCUGACGAACCAUUAAUUCGACUAGAUUCAACAGGAGUGGUUGAAGUACGAAAGCGUCACAGUAACAACGAAGAGAAUGGAGAUGCGAUGUGUAACUACACUAGUGAAAUCGAAGAGAAGCGAAGGAUUGAUAAAUCUAAGAGAAGGAAAGGAAUUUAUAUACAGUGGCCAGCAAUCGAUACGAAUAUUGAUCCAGAGUCAGACUCCAACGACAACUAUACUCCGGAUGAUAGCUGGCGACCCGAUAAAUUAACAAUUGAAAAAGAUUCAAGCUUGGAUUUGAGCGGCGAAAGUUUCACUGAUCUCAGUACUAAAGACAUAACUUCCUCGCCAGAAAAAUCCAAGGAAACAGAACUUUUUCAUCGCACCGAUCCUAUUCUGUUAGAUCCCAAUACACCCGAUUCGGAUAUUUCCAGGCCUUCUUGGCCCAAGGGAUCUCGCCGUCAAAGCUUAACUUAUCAAAGUUCAGACGAAAAAGAUGACUCAAUACCGCUCACUACGGUCCCCGUACGAUCCUUCCGAAAUUUGUUCAUGCGCUCCGAUUCGGUAUCUGACAACGAAAGUGAACGAGCCUCAUCGAGAGACCGUACAAGUGCAUCCCCAGCGCCAGUUGGUGGCGACCAUGAUCUCAAGAGAUAUUCGAAAAGGCCUCUGCGAGGUCCUUAUGGUCAGAUGUUGGAAGCGGAAAUGAAGAAACCAUCGAAAGUGCAUUACAAUGAGAUUUUAGAAGAACUUAGCAAACACGAAAGUUCACAUUCGUUUCCUUCGUUUAGUAGAAAUAGAGGUAGUGGCAGCCAAUCGAUGGAUGAAACGAACGAUCGCCAUUCCAGCAAGAUUUUCAAGCCGCGCAAAGCAAGCGCAAAUCUUCCACUUCCAGCACACAGUCGAACAGCAUCAAGUCCAUCUAAACUAGCGGAUAUGAGUAAUAUCGAAAGCCAUCCAUUGGGAAACACAAAACGACACCUAGGAAAUAUUGACCAAAAAAGCACCGAUUCCGACAGGUCCGAAAAAUCUAACGGCAAAAUAGAAUCGAAAAAAUUUUCUCUUGAUAGCCACCUUUCGGAGAAAAGUUCUAGUCAUGAUAAACACAGUAAACGAAGCUCGUCGGGAACGAGUGAUAAGCACCAAAAGCGCAGUUUAGAUGAUACUAGAUAUUCACAUUCGAGUCGAACGCCAUCUGAAAGAAGUUCUGUUUUAAACACACCAGACACUCAGAAAAAUCUAGUAGCAUCUCCAGAGCUGUUAGCUGAGCUGCUCAAGGGUUCCAGUGAAAAGCUCGUAACUGAGCAGCUCACGGGAGGUACUAGUCCAGGCAACGGCAAUAACGCACUUCCUACGGCUGUUUUGAAAUACUUGGACACAAGAACUCACGUCGUGGUAGAGCUGUUUAAUACAGAGAAAUCAUAUGUGGAAUCAUUACAGACAAUCGUCUUGAAAUAUUUAAAUCAACUCAAAUCUCCGGAAAACUCUGGACUAGUAGAUACUCAAACAGUGGACGAAAUCUUCUUCAUGGUUCCAGCCAUCCUCAACAUUCACGAACGUUUCCUUGAGGAAUUAAGAAGACGUCUAGAUGCUUGGGAUCCACUGCAGAAAAUUGGAGACGCGUUUGUAGACGUGUUUUCCCGGCCAGUGAUACUUGAUACGUAUACGUCUUUCGUGAAUAACUGGAAUCGUGCUAAAGAUGCCAUACGUAUAACUAGACAGAAAUGCCCAGCUUUCGCGAGGUUCCUAGAGGCCAUGGCUCGUGAGCAUAAAGGCAAAUUGUCGCUAGAUAAUUUACUUAUAAAACCUGUACAAAAAUUUCCCAACUAUGAGUUAAUAUUGUCAAGACUGAUUAAACACACCAACGUUGAUCAUCCCGAUCAGAAAUUGUUACAAGAAGCUUUAAAAUUAGUACACGACAUUUUGGUGUUUCUCAACUGCAAAGAAAAGGAAGCCUUAGAGAAUGGCCAACGAGAAAAUGCGCUUCGUGAGCUGGAGGGAGUGAUUGAGGGCAUCAGCGACCUGGUGACACCCGAUCGUGCUUUUCUGCUAUUCGAUCUCGUUUCAAUGCCUUCCGGUCAGGCAACUCGCAAGGAACGAGGGUUUUUUCUUUUCAACGAUCUUUUAGUCAUUACCAGUAUUAAACGACGCAGCGGAACAAUAAGAAAAACUAAUUUGAUGUGCCCGGGAAGUGUAGCUUCUACAUUGGACACAAAUAAGUAUAAGUUUCUCACCAAAAUUACGCUUGACGAAUUAGAGAUAGUAAAAUCCAAAGAUGAGAAUGUUCGUCGCAUUAUGAAGGAAAUCGAACAUCUUUCGGAGGAUUCCAAUAAACUGUCUCAGAUGUCAGAACUUGCUUCUAGUUUGAGGAGUCCCCAUCAGUUACUUGAGGAAGCCAUUCGUGACUUACAACGCGAAGUACAGCGGCAACUUUCGGAGAGACAAACCAAUGAUGCUCAAUUGAAUAUUUUAGAACUGACACUUAACUCAUCUAGCGGCAUUCAAAAUAUGACCGCGGUAUUCUCCAAACCAGAUAAGAGAGCUCAAUGGGAGGAAACGUUUACGGAAGCCAAGCAAAAGCUCGCAAGUACUGUCCAGCGGUGUCAAAUCCCUGAGUUUCUUUUAUCUGUACCAAUAAGAAAGACUCGAGCCGGCCUUCAGUUCACAUGUGCCUCCCCAACCCUGGGAAUUCAGCGUGAUGUUUGGGUAUGUAACAGCGACGGAUACGUCGGUCAGGUUUGCGUACUCAGUUUAGUGCCCGAGCCAACAGUUACCAGCUGCAAUGGUGUUUGCAAUGCUAGGAUUCUCUGCGUAGCUUCCGUGCCGGCUGCCGAUAUCAGUUGUUACAAUCAUUCGGACACCAUUGCCAUAACCCAGGAAUCACCAUCGAUAGCUACCACAAUUAAUUCUAUAGUCAAUUCCUCGUCGAAGCCAAGGGAAAAGCGAACGUCCAAAACUGGUGAUGAGUCUAUAGUUAGUAAUGAAAAAAUCUCGAAAAACAUUCAGCUUGACUCGGAUAGCUCUAGCGAAGAAUCGGAGGCGGAAAGUCAACCUGAGAACACAAUUAACCCUGCCGCAGUUCCUGCCACAUCCAACUUACCGAUCAUCCACCGACAGCAAGAAUCUAACACGGAGGAAGCCGACGUACAACAAUCAACCAUGUGGCUAGGAACUGAGGACGGUUGUAUUCAUGUGUACAACUGCACUGAUAACAUUCGAAUUAAGAAAAACAAAAUCAAGAUUCCGCACAUAAGUGCCGUGUAUUCUAUUCUGUACUUAAACAACCAAGUUUUUGUUUCGCUUGCCAAUGGGGAUGUUUGUGUGUAUUCGAGAGAUCAAAAUGGAUGGAACACCACCGCGCCUUUCACAGUGUCUGUUGGUACGGUUACUAAUCCUGUAACAAAAUUAUUAAACGUACACGGGAAACUAUGGUGCGCAAUCCAGGGAUGUAUUAAAGUGCUGAAUACGGUCACAUUACAGGUGGACGAUCAAAUCCAAAUUUCGAACGAUUCGAAACCCGUCACCAAUAUGGCAGUAUUGAAUGAGUACGUCUGGAUAUCUGUGCAAAACUCUGCACAUAUCAAAUGUUGUCAUCAUGAAAGCUUCGAAAUAAUUUUUGAAGUGAAUUUGGCUCCUUCAGUAAACAAAAUGCUAUCAAACUGCGAUGACAUUAUACGUCAGCAUAAAGCUGCCUGUCUACGAGUAACAUCCCUAUUAGCUUGUAAAGAUCUGAUUUGGGUAGGAACCAGUGCCGGGGUCCUGCUCACAAUUGCUGCGUCCACAGUGUGCAAGGGCUCAUCAAUUCCCGCCGUGAUCGGUAUUCCACAUGGCCAUACAGGACAUGUCAGGUUUUUAACAUCCGUAGAUACCCCGGAUAGUGAUGAUUUCCCUAAGGCUCUUCUAAACAAAUCAAUCUCUUCGAAUGGUAAACUAAAUCUCAGCCUACUAGUCAUAUCCGGUGGCGAUGGUUACGAAGACUUCAGAGGUACGGGAAACAACACUAUGAGCGAAAUCGCCGGCCGGGAAGAUAGCACCAAUCAUUUACUUUUGUGGCAGGUCUAGUGUAUUAACUUUUCCUGGAGUUUUGCUUUCAAUGUUCUCAACUGAUUACGACGAUUCCUAGUAAAAUGCUCCUUAAGUGAGAUUGGCAAGCAGGCCUUGCUAUCUUUAUUUGUUUUUUUUUUCUUCUUCAGAUACUUCAUUGAUGCAUCCAUUCAGACAAUAUUAUUUUAAUUUUUAAUAAAUUCUAUGACAAUAAAAACCACCUUCGUGGCUUGAAUUCCAAAGCAGAAACAAUAUUGUGGGAGAUAUUUGUACAUCUUUUAACAUGUUAGUCAACAUACAUAUAUAAAAAAGAGAAAAAUGAAGAUAACGCAUGAUUCAGUCAGUUUUUAAAUGGCCUAAGUCCGGAAACAAAGCGCAAGUGCAAAAUGGUUUCAAUUGUUAUAGUAGUGGGAAUGUUUUUUUUUUUCACACAUUCAUUACAGUGUGGCCUAAGUCCUUCAACAACCGCAUAUAUUAUUACCGUACUGCUGAAAUCAUAUCUGUCGUCGUAAUAAUAUCCAUGCUAUUCACUCGAACAAAACAUAUAUUAAAGCGUUUAAAUGUUAUCACACUUAGAACAAAAUUUUCGCAUGUUUUAUUUGAAUCAAGGUAUGUCUAAAUAUGGAUUGUGAAAUAAAGUUUCCUCUUUAAAAAUAAAUUUGCUUCAAUGAAAUCAUGCGAAAUUUAUAUUUUAAUCGUGAUAAAAUUGAAAUGUCCCUACAUUAGAUGUAGGCAAAUGAACACAACAACAUACCAAAUAUAAUUCAUCCCUAAUGAAUAACAUCUAUGUAAUUUAUUUACCAUCUAAAAUCGACUCCAUGGAAGAAUUGCAAAGAGCCUAAGUAAUAAUGAAUAGCAUUAUCUUUAGAAUGAUUCUAGGUUUCUUUGUAAAACCACUCAUUUAUACAGCGUUUUCGCAAUGUUGAACCAUAUGUAGCAAAUAUUCCAUGAACACAAACAAGUUCAACAUAUUAGAUAAAAGUUAUAUUAAUGUUCAAAAUACCUGAAAGGAUAACACUUAACUGUGUGACAGAGAAAUCUAUGUUUAGCUAAUGUUCAACAAAUUUUUCCGAUGAUAUCGGAUAGCCAAGUAAUAUUAGUCAAAUGAUAAAUUAUUUAUAAAUUAGCUCUUGUAUACAGGUACUCGUGAAGUUAUAUAGAUCAUCAAGUUGUAAUAUCUAUGUAUAACGAAAAUAAAUUGCUGUUACAUAUAAACCACAACAA